AUGGCGUCGCAUCGGUCGAGGUCUCCAUCGACCCCUUCAGAGGGUGAGAUCAUCGAAUCAGGCUCAGACACGAAGGCAACUACGUCGCAGACUUCUGUUAAUGGCAUCAACGUUGACCGUAAUACCAGAACCAGUACUUAUGCUCCGAGAUUCCCCGCCUUGCUUCCCAGAUCGUACCAUCGUGAUAUCUCGAGAUCGAGGUCGAGAUCCCGCUCCCCGUAUCGUGGAUCCAGGGCCGAGAAACGCAGCCGCAAUUUUGCUGAAGACUCUGGAAGGGGUGACCGAACGAUAUCAUCAAAACAUUUAGUUUCAAGAUAUGAUGAUAGAUAUCAUGAUGGAUAUAGCGCCAAACAGCGCCGGAAAGCGUAUCACGAUCUCGAUCGAGAUGACAGUUAUUACGAUUCUAGGAAACGGCCUAGGACUCGAAGCCGAUCUCCGAUCCGCGAUACUAGAAAGCCGAAGCAAUAUUCAGGUGAUGAACGAGAUAAUGAUAGUGGCAGAAUAUCCAGGGUCCGUGACCCGAAUGGUCAAUCUUACACUGGUGGCGGAAGGCAGGUUACUGAACAGUUAGUGAGCGAGAGGGGGAAGCCCCUAGGUGACGCUCGAAAAGAGAGACAACUGGCUGAAUCUCGAGGAAAUCAGAUGCGACAAUCUUCACCCACAGCUGUUACAUCGGGUAGAUCGGAUAUGUAUGUCACUCCUCCCGAAGACAGAACUAUUUCUAACGGCACAUCUAGUACGUCUGCUCCAAGCAAUGAUAAUGAAGCCAAUGAGCCCCCACCAGAGCCUGUCAAUGAGGCUACACUGAUUGAACAACGCAGAAAGCGCCGUGAAGCCAUCAAAGCUAAGUAUCGUAAUCAGUCUACACCUCUCCUCGUCAAGGCCCUGGAAGCUGGGAAUGAGAUAGACUCUACACCACAGAAUUCAGGUCAAUCCUCGUCUCGCAAUGACAAAGCAGAUUCCCGUCCAAAUACACCCUUAGAGACACCCGACGAUAUAUCCGGUGCUCCCUCUCCUACUGAUUUGAAAGUUUCGCGGGAUGAGGACCUUGCUAAUGCUAAUCCUGAAACUGCAAACGGUGUUGAUAAGGAGGAACCAUCCUCUUACGACUACGAUCCCACCCAGGACAUGCGCGAGGAUAAGAUGCGUCAUGACAAAAGGCAUUUUGGUGAAAAUAUCUCAUCUGGUGUUUAUGGUGAAACUAAAGUAGCAAAGCAAGACGUUCCCGUAUCGAACCCAAUCGUGGAAACCCCAGGGCAAAGCGAACCUAGAAACGUUUCAGAUAUAGAUAUGUUUGCGCCAGAUGAUGAUGAUAUGUUCGCUGAAGAGGUGCCUGUUGCCUCUAAAGCACCUGAAGCCAUUUCUAAACCAAGUAUACCACAGGAACUCGAUAUGAGUAUGAUGGACAACUGGGAUGACCCUGAAGGUUACUAUAAUGUCAUGCUGGGGGAGCUCGUAGAUGGGCGGUAUCAUGUGCAGCAAAAUUUGGGCAAGGGCAUGUUUUCUUCAGUGGUUCGUGCUACGGAUUCGAGAACAGGAAAGCUCGUCGCCAUUAAAAUCAUUCGCAAUAAUGAUACGAUGAGAAAGGCCGGGAUGAAAGAGAUAGAAUUACUAGAACAGCUUCUGGCAGCGGACCCAAAUGACAAGAAACACAUUAUCCGAUUUGAAAGGCAUUUCGACCAUAAAGGCCAUCUUUGCAUUGUCUUCGAGAAUCUUAGCAUGAAUCUUCGCGAGGUACUCAAGAAGUUCGGUCGUGAUGUUGGUAUCAAUCUCCGUGCUAUCCGCACAUACGCGCAUCAAAUGUUCCUAGGCCUCAGCCUGCUCCGCAAAUGCAAUAUCUUGCACGCAGAUCUAAAACCAGACAACCUUCUCGUCAACGAAAAUCGAAACCUUCUCAAGGUAUGCGAUCUCGGUUCCGCAUCUCCAGCAUCCGAGAACGAGAUAACCCCGUAUCUUGUCAGUCGCUUUUACCGCGCUCCCGAAAUUAUCCUUGGGAUCCCCUACGAUUACGCCAUUGACAUGUGGUCGAUUGGCUGUACCCUCUUUGAGCUGUACACAGGCAAGAUCCUCUUCACAGGCCGUACUAACAAUCAAAUGCUCCGCUCCAUAAUGGAAUGCCGCGGUAAAUUUCCACCCAAAUUCCUCCGUCGGGGCACCUUUACUUAUCUCCAUUUCGACGAGUUUUUGAACUUCCGCAGCGUGGAAGAGGAUAAGGUCACUGGCCGGAUGGUGACGAGAAUUGUGGACUUUAAGAAACCGACGAGAGAUUUGAAAACGAGGUUGAUGGGGAAAGGGUCGAAAGGGUUGAGUGAUUUGGAGAUAAAGGAGCUUACGCUUUUUACCGAUUUGUUGGAUCGGUGCCUGAACAUCAAUCCUGAGAAGAGGUGUACACCUUCGGAAGCACUGAAGCACCCGUUCAUCACUCGAAAUAAAGUUUGA